UGAGGUGUACCAAGGCAGGCAAUAAAUUUGUGGCUAUGAAGAAAGUUUUAAUGCAGUCUGGAUACGAAAAACUCCCCAUCAGGACCUUGCGGGAAAUUGACAUUUUGCAUCAUCUGAAGCAUGACAAUGUGGUCAACCUGAUAGAAGUAUGCAGAUCCAGAGGUACUCAGUACAUGUAUGAGACCGGCUUCUAUCUGGUCUUAGAAUUCUACGAUCAUGAUUUAGCUGGCCUGUUGUCGAAUGGUAAUGUGACGAUUACUGUGGGAGAGAGAAAAAACCUGAUGCUCCAGUUACUACACGGCUUGUGCUACGUUCAUAGUAAUAAGGUCCUCGGAACCAGUGGCAUGCGGUACCAUUUUUGGUAAGGGAAGCCGUGGUAUCUAAUAAACGAACUGAUAGCAAUCAACUCACCAAAAUUUAUGUCACUUAUU